AUGCCUCGGCCGGUGCUUCGGCCUCUCUCUGCCCCUGAAGUUGUGGCUGCGCGAGCAUCAUGCAAGCCGAAGACCCCUGCACCCGAAUUUGGGGAGCUUCUAACUGACUCGUUUGCUAGUGGUUCCAGUUCUGCGGCCCAGGUUCAACGAACUGCUGCUUCGGCUAUGCAAUGGCUGGAUUCGCAUGGUGGUCGUGUCAAAGAUUCUGGCGAUACUGUUGCUCGGCUUUCAAAGCUUGGCUGCAGUGGCAAGUGGUCUGCUAAUGCUGAGCGCGACUGCCAUAGAUUAAUGCGGAAAAUGGACAACUGGUUGGGCGCUAAAAUCUCCUACAGAGAUGUUCGGAUGGUGAACCCGUCGACUCUUGAAAUUUCUAUGCAAAAGCUGCCUAUGAUCUUGCCACAUGAUAUGUUACUAGCCUUGUGGGCCAAAGGGAGGAAGGUGUUCGACAAGUGCCUCUUCGGGGCGUUGACACCACCUGAAGUUAAAGAGUAUUGGGAUCACCUUGAAACACAUACCAAUUGGUUUAGCAAUCACCCUGCAAGUGCUUGGCACGACCGAUCUCGACUGGCUGGUGUUGCGACUUACGGGGAUGAAGUGCAAGCCUACCGCAACUCCGAGUGUGGUGCUGUAGCUGUGUGCGCUUUUACUCCCGACCUUGCAUACAAGAACGAUCCGUGCAACCGGUACUACCCCAUUUGUUUGUGGAGCGAGCAUCAUGAAUGCGAGCACACCUACAAUGACGCCAUGAAGUACGUGGUGCGCAGUUUCAGGCGCUUAAUGGAUCCCACUGCUACCUGGCCUUGGACAGCUGAAGGGUAUCAUGUGACCUUCACUUCUGCUCAAGGUGAUCUCAAAUGGUUGAAUGAAAAGAUGGGGCUACACAACUUUCGCUCGAAUAACUUUUGUUCGCGCUGCACGUGCAAAAAGACGGCAGAGAAUGUGUAUGACUCCCUUACAAAUUUCAGCUCUGACCCCACAGCCUUUCCAGAGCAGGAUUACACAGAAGUGGAUAUGGGCGCGGGGGUGUACAAGGACAAGUUGGCCAAAGUACUGAAACGUGCUCAUCGGGAUUUUUUGCUGUUCAAGAAGCUGCGUGGCAUGCAGUGUUUUCCAUCUUUGCAGAGCAAAGCAGCACCUGGCAAGAUUUUGACUCACUGGUUGGCAUGUCGCGCACAGCAGUGGGCAGAAAGGGUCGAUGCUACUGAGUCCGACAAAGUAGUUGCGAGCUGCAUUUUUGCCUAUGAUAUGAUGCUUCGAACCAUGGAUGAGGGACGGCAUAUCUUUACAGAAGAACAGGCUAAUCGCUUUGGCUACUUCACGUUGCGACACCUACGCUGUUACGCAUGGCUGCAUGAUUUCGGUAUGAAAGCUCAGCUCCAUGUGCCAGGGCGCAGGUCAUGGCUACUACUUCCCAAAUUGCAUCACUUGUGGCACUUGUGCCAUGACACUGUCAGAUCCAGGAUCAAUCCCAAAUUUGUCACCCUACUCACUGCAGAAAGCUUUAUAGGAAUCAUUGGCCGCAUUGCUAGAUCCUGCCAUCGCUCCAGUGUCUCUACAAGGACGUUGGAGCGCUACCAGGUUUUGAUGAUCCACAAGCUGCCAAAGUGA